AUGACAUCAGAUAAUGAAUCAAAAAAGAUAGCAGUUGCAUUUGUUUGUCUAGGUAAUAUCUGUCGUUCACCCAUGGCAGAAGCCGUCUUCAAACAUACAGUGAAGAAGAAUCACCUGGAAGAUAGGUUCAAGAAGAUUGAUUCCUUUGGUACCGCCCGUUAUCAUAUCGGUGAGACGCCUGAUUCACGUAGUUCUUCCACAUGCAGAAAGCAUGGCGUUCCAGUGGAUCACCGUGCUCAGCAGAUUAAACCGGCUCAUUUUACUGAAUUCGAUUAUAUUAUUUGUAUGGAUGAAUCCAAUUUGAAGGAUUUGAGAAGAAUACAACCUAAGGGUUCAAAAGCGGUAGUUUGCAUGUUUGGUGAAUGGAAUUUGGAUGGUGCUUAUGAUAAGGUGGUAGAUGAUCCAUAUUAUGGUGGAGUGGAUGGUUUUGAAUAUAAUUUCAAACAAGUUUGCAACUUUAGUGAGAAUUUUUUGAAGAAGGAGUUGUAA